GAAUGCGACCGGUUGAGCGAGCAACGAUAGACAAGUGUGGGGCGUAAAUCAGUAGGAUUUUCUUUUAAGUCGAGCACACACUCGAAACAUAUUACUGAGACAAAAUUGGAUUUUGAGUGAAUUAGUUAAAGGAAGCUGAAACAUGUCGUGGUUACUAGGCAGAAAUCGUCCGCAGCAGCAAAUGGAGGCAGCGCCCGAUGGUGGGGAUCCUGAGGGCAAGACAGCUGGAGAUCGCUCUGGAGAUGUCCAACUCACAAAGGCGGAGCGCAAGGCCAUGGAGGCCUAUCGGUUCGAUUCCUCGGCUCUGGAACGUGCUGCGGAAGCUGCGAAGACUUUGGAACGUUCAAAACAUGCGCGUGAAGCAUUGGAGCUGUCCAAAAUGCAGGAAGGAACGCGGCAGCAGGAGUACCAGACCAAGGUCAAGGAGUAUGAGGCACACAUAGAGCAGGCCAAAGUGGAACAGAAGCGGAUCGACCAUGAGGAGCGCCGCAAGACUCUGAUUGAGGAGACGAAGCAGCAACAGCAGCGUGCUCAGUAUCAGGAUCAGUUGUCGCGUAAACGUUACGAGGAUCAGUUGGUGCAGCAGCAACGCGUACAGGAGGAAAAUUUACGUAAGCAAGAGGAGAGUGUGCAGCGACAGGAAGCAAUGAGGCGUCAAACAAUCGAGCAUGAAAUCGAAAUGAAGGAGAAGAAUCGGCUGAAGCUUCUCGAGCAUGAGUUUCGUGCCAAGGCUAAAGUGGACCGUGAAAAUCGUGACAUUAAUUUGGAGCAAAUACGUUUAAAGGCUCAAGAGCAUCGCACCACUGUCUUGGAGGGAAUUCGCACGGCUGGGUCCGUCAUUGGUGCUGGCGCUGAGGCAAUGCUUACGGAUUGGGACAAGGUUUUAACAGCCGCUGGCGGGCUAUCUCUAUUAGCCUUGGGAGUUUACACUGCCAAAGGAGCCACCGGUGUGGUGUCUCGGUACGUGGAAGCUCGUAUAGGCAAACCCACGCUGGUGGGCGAGACGUCGCGUUUCGCUUUCCUCGAUGCGAUUAAACAUCCGGUAAAAUAUUUCAAGCGUUUGCGAUCUAAACCCGCCGAUGCUCUGCAGGGUGUGGUGUUGAAUCCAAAGCUAGAGGAGCGCCUGCGUGACAUUGCGAUAGCGACUAAGAAUACUCGCAUUAAUCGUGGUCUUUAUCGCAACGUGCUGAUGCAUGGCCCACCCGGAACGGGCAAAACAAUGUUUGCCAAGAAGCUGGCUGAGCAUUCUGGCAUGGAUUUUGCCAUCAUGACGGGUGGUGACGUCGCUCCUAUGGGCAAAGAGGGCGUUACGGCCAUACAUAAGGUGUUUGAUUGGUCCAACACUUCGCGACGCGGCCUACUGCUCUUUGUUGAUGAGGCCGAUGCGUUCUUGCGCAAACGUUCCUCAGAGAAAAUCUCGGAAGACUUGCGAUCAGCCCUCAAUGCGUUCCUCUACAGAACUUCGGAGCAGAAUCCGAAAUUUAUGUUGGUGCUCGCCUCUAAUACGCCCGAGCAAUUUGAUUACGCCAUCAACGAUCGUCUCGAUGAAAUGGUUGAGUUUACACUGCCUGGUUUGGAGGAGCGUGAGCGGCUGCUCCGACUAUACUUUGAUAAGUAUGUCCUGCAGCCAGCAGCAUCGGGAGCGAAACGCUUCAAAUUGGACACCUUUGAUUAUGGCGAGACCUGCUCGAAAAUGGCGAAGAUAUGUGAAGGUAUGUCUGGUCGUGAGAUAUCCAAGCUUGGAGUUUCCUGGCAGGCCGCUGUAUAUGCGUCCGAGGACGGCUUGCUUACAGAGAAAAUGGUCCUCGACAAAUGUUACGAUGCUGCUCAACAACACAAACAAAAGAUGGCUUGGUUAUCGGAGCAGGAGCGUUCUGAUCAUAAAUCUAUUACUGGCAGCCAACCGCCGCUGAAUAUAUCUUCAUCUUAGAAGCUUCCUAAAACUCGUUUAGUUUUUUAAGUUUCCAUGCACAAGGCUUAUUCUUGGAUAACUUCUAUUCGAUGGCCACCUAAUAAUGACUGACCGCAACAAUGUUCAUAUAUUUGUGUAGACGCUGAUUAUACAUGCAAUUAAGUUUUACUCACUGCAUAAAUUGUAAAUAUGUAUUUAAGUCAGUUGAACAUUAUUGUUAUAAAUGGCGUGUCAGAGUUGGUUAGUUGCUAAGGCCUGUUGCAUUUUAAAAAGUUAAAGCUUUGUAAUAUUUGUUAAAAGUGUAAGUGUAAAAUGCUAAUUGCUAAAAGUGUAGCAUUUUUCAAAUGACUGCGGCAACACUUAUGAGAGAUUUAUAUUAAACUUCUCGUUGGCACAGUCGA